GACACCAAGGGCCAUUUACUGGGACCGUCACCUAGCUCCCUCAUCUGUCACCUGAUGGCCAGCCAGGCAAGUGCUCGGCACAGCUGUGGACCCUUCAUCCCUGCACAGCUUGUGGAGGCAAGAAAAGUAAGCAUACUACAGCUGAUACACAUUCAGCUAUUUUCUCUAUAAAGGAAUGAAUUGAAUUCACUACAAAUCUACUAACUGUCCCCAUAUGUCAGGCAAGAGACUGACUUGGUUUUUUUUGGGUUGGGCUUUUCUCUAACAGCUGGAAGUCUGCUGGGCAUUCAAGUAAUGGCUGUUGAGUAAGGCAGCUGUUUCAAUAUCUAAUUGCAUUUUAGCUCUAAUAGCUCAAGGGAAAAGCAUUGCAUUGUCUGCCAUGAGCUACUUCCUGUCCUACUGCAAAGCACACUGCACCGCCGUGCUCGCCCAGUACCAGAGCCUGAGAUCAGAGGGCUUUCUCUGUGACAUUUUGCUGAAAGUGAAAGAAAACGAGUUUCCUGCACACAAGUCCUUGUUGGCAUGCUCCAGCGACUACUUCCGAGCCAUGUUCAAAAGUUAUACCCAAGAGUCUAAAGCCAGUGUCAUUCACCUACAAGUUGUCUCACCCACUGGGCUCCAGCACAUCCUGGAUUUCAUUUACACAUCCUUGCUGCCCCUUUCCUUUGAAAGCCUGGAGGAUACCCUGGAAGCUGCAAGCUACUUGCAAGUGACUGAUGCUAUUGCCUUGUGCAAUCAGUACUUAGUUAACAAUCUUUCCUUGGAAAACUGCUGCUACUCUGCCAAUGUGGCCAGGAGGUUCUACCUGCCAGAUGCCUUAGCAGCUGCAGAAAAAUACAUUAUCAAAAAUGUCUGGAAGCUGCUGGACUUGGAUUUGUCAGGACUUCUUGAGCUGAACUUCAGGUCUUUGCUAACAGUGAUUCAAUCACCAGAUCUCCCCAUGGUGGAAGAAUGCCGCCUGUUGAAUCUUGUCCUGUUGUGGCUGAAGCAGGAUAAAUCCAGGUUGGAUCAUGCAAGCAGCCUUUUAGAGCACAUAAGAUAUGGUCUCAUCCCAGUGGAAGAGCUGAGAAAAACCUACACACAGUCAGAAGUGUCCCUCUCAGCAGGUAUUAAGUGCAUGAUCAUAAAAGCAAUAAAUUACCACACAUCUGUAUUCAAACAGCCUGUCCUGCAGGAUAAGUCCACCACACUGAGGAACCAGAAAACUCGGAUCAUUCUGCUGGGGGGAGGCACAGCAAGCGAGGGACUUGUCACCGAUGUGGUGGCCUUUGAUGUUUACAAUCACAAAUGGAGAACCCUCACGCAGCUGCAGGACAGGGUGCAGAACCACGGCGUGUGUGUGGUGGGGAACUUCCUCUAUGUCCUGGGAGGGGAAAUACAAAGUGGUACCCUGGGUGACGCUAAAAUUGGAAAGACCUUAUUGGUUACAAACAAAGUCCAUCGGUAUGAUCCAAGAUUUAACACAUGGACCCAAAUCACGGGCAUGCUGGAAAAGAGAUGCCAGUUUUCUUGCUGUGUCCUAGGCAAGGAUAUUUUUGCCAUUGGUGGAAGGGGUGAGGACGGGUCGCUGCAUUCAUCUGUGGAAGUCUAUGACAUCAGCAGGGAUAGAUGGACCAAGACCAGGGAACUGCCAUGCAGGAUACAUGGUCAUGCCAGUGCUGUUUGCAAGAACACCAUAUACAUCUCUGGGGGCAAGUACUCGGCCCCAGCCAGCACAAGCAGUGACGUUUAUUCUCUGAGCUCACUUGAAGGGCAGUGGGUGAAACGUGCCCCAAUGAGCAUUGCUCGGUUUGGGCAUCAGAUGGCAACAAUCAGGGGAUCCAUUUUCACCUUUCUGGGACUAUAUGAACCUUUCUCUGAAAUAGAAAGGUAUGACCCGGAUCAAAACCAAUGGACUCGGUUGAAACCACUGAUCUACGAUCGAUUCUCCUACGGCCUGGCAGUGGUAGAGGAAACAGCUCUUCUUAUUGGGGGAAAGAAAUGGCAAAACUCGCUGGAGGUGUCCACACAAGACGUGGUUGGCUAUGACAUCGACAACGAUGGCUGGGAAGAGAUCUGCAAGGCCCCUCUGCCGUGGUGUGGGCUUCAGUGCGCCGUGCUCCAGCUCUCCGAGGUGGCCGAGGAGCAGGACAGCGACAGCCACCAGAAGAAGCUGCCCAACUGCUGAGCUCCCAUGCCGAGGAAUAUCCAUCCCAGGAGAUGAGCGAGCACGAUGGUCCUGGAGAAGAAGAAAAUUGCAGUGGCCCUGAAUGUGAAAGUGGAAGCUUUGCUUGGAUAAGCCAAAUGCUUGGUGGAAACAGGCAAAAAAAUCUGGCUCCAACACAGGAAACACAUCGAGGAUUUGUAAAGCUGGAAGCUGAUCUCACUGAGCAAGGAUGUAGCAAGUAGCAUGCUUCGAGG